UGAUGAACCUCCAGUUCUCCACCGUAUAAGUCUCCUUCUUUGUUACCCGAGAUUAGGUUAAUCGGAGUAGAAUUGGGAUGCAGGAGGUGAAAGCCGGAAGCCGGCCGCCGUGGGUGGGCCUGGCGGCGGCGGUGUGGGUGCAGGUGGCAGCGGGGGCGGCGUACACCUUCCCGCUCUACUCGCCAUCGCUGAAGGCGGUGCUGGGCCUCGGCCAGCAGCAGCUCGCGCUGCUCGGCGUCGCCAACGAUGUCGGCGAGAACUUCGGCCUCGUCGCCGGCCUCGUCAGCGCACGGUUCAGGACAUGGGUCGUGCUGCUCGCCGGUGCCGCCUGCUGCUUCGUCGGGUUCGGCGUACUCUGGCUCGCCCUCUCCCGAACCAUCACCGGACUGCCCUUUUGGCUCUUAUGGAUUGCUCUAUGCAUUGGCACCAACAGCAGCGCAUGGCUGAUCACUGGGGUGCUAGUGACCAACAUGAGGAACUUUCCUGUGAGUCGUGGUACCGUAUCUGGCAUCCUCAAAGGCUACGUUGGCCUUAGCGGUUCGAUCUUCACUGGACUCUAUGCCAGUGUGCUUGGUAGCUCACCCAAUAAUCUCAUACUCUUCCUCUCCAUUGGUCUGCCGGCCAUUUGCCUUGCAAUGAUGAGCCUUGUUCGUCCUUGCACACCGUCGACUGUAGAAAACUCAACUGAGAGUUGCCAUUUUGUGGUCAUUCAAGUCCUGAGCAUAAUUCUCGGCCUCUACCUUCUUGUUUUCACAUUCCUCAACAGCUAUUAUUCCCUAAAUGAUGUCGGUGCUGGUGCUUUCUUUGGUGGGAUCGUGCUCCUGCUCCUCGCGCCGCUUGCCAUCCCGAUCAAGAUGACUAUUUUCAAGCCUAAGCGUGAACACGCUAGUGUCACUGUGUCGAUGGUACCUUCCGUUGAUGACUUGGAAGACGAUACGGCUACAAAGCCAUUACUAGAUGCAGCAGACUUACUGAACUUGCAAGAGUUCUCUGAUGAUGUAUCAUAUGCGGAUAUGCUGUUGGCAGUGGGGGAAGGAGCUGUGAAGGAGAAGAAGAGGCCGAGAAGAGGAGAUGACUUCGAGGUGCAUGAAGCUUUUGUUAAAGCUGAUUUCUGGCUUCUGUUUCUGGCCUUCUUCAUUGGGGCUGGAACAGGAGUAACUGUGUUGAACAAUUUGGCACAGAUAGGAUCUGCUGCCGGAGUUGAUGAUCCAACCAUCUUGUUGUGUCUCUUCAGCUUUGGUAAUUUCCUCGGUCGUCUUGGUGGUGGUGCUGUUUCUGAACAUUUCGUAAGGACAAGGAUGCUUCCAAGGCCAUUUUGGAUGAUGUGCACGCAGAUCACCAUGGUGAUCGCCUACCUUUUCUAUGCUUGGGGUCUCAGGCUCACUCUCAACGUUUCAACUGCUCUGCUUGGCGUCUGCUAUGGAGCGCAAACUGCUGUGAUGAUUCCAACCACAUCAGAGCUGUUCGGACUAAACAACUUCGGGACCUUCUUCAACUUCAUGCUGCUAGGGAACCCCCUUGGUGCAACUUUAUUCUCGAGCUUGCUUGCGGGGUACUUGUAUGAUCAAGAAGCUGCAAGGCAGCAUUCCGUGUUUUUGCACGAAGACAGCUCUUCGUGUUAUGGACCGCAUUGUUUUCGGCUAACGUUCUUCAUCCUGGCGGCAGUGUGCAGUUUAGGGACUCUGCUGUGCAUCAUUCUGACUGAGAGAAUAAGGCCAGUGUAUCAGAUGUUGUAUGCAAGUGGGUCAUUUAGGCAUCCCAAAGCUUCAUCUUCUCUGCACUGAUGAUACUGUGUGAAUGCUUCUAGAGCAUUUUUGUUUAAACACGUAUUCUUACACGUCGGUUUGGGGAAUUUGAGAGGUUUCUUUUGUUGUAUGCAGUUAUUUGAUGUGAUAUGUGUAUUGACUGAUUCCUGGAGGGAAAUAGUGAGGGAUGGUUUACAAGGAUUGAAGGUGGAUUGUGGCAAGGAAGAAUGUACUUGAAAUAUCAAUUUCCAUCUAGUUAUUUCUUGAAUAACGAUUACACUCUCAUAUCUCUAUCAA